CAAGGCAUUCCGUCUCUCUUUGCACAGGAGCACCAGGUGGGAUUGUCUCAGCCCACAGGGCCCAUGCAGCCUUCUGUCCUGGCAGGCUCCAACAGCAUAGUCACUGGCACCAGUUCCGGGGGGCCCUUCCUUGGGAGCCAGCCCCAGGCAGCCAUCAUGAAGCAGAUGCUGAUCGAGCAGAGAGUGCAGCUCCAUGUGAUGGAGCAGCAGAAACAGCAGUUUCUCCGAGAGCAGAGGCAGCAACAGCAGCAGCAGCAGAUCUUAGCAGAGCAGAUGCAGCAGCAGUCACAUUUGCCUCGGCAGCAUCUGCAUCAACAGCGAAGUCCAUAUCCAGUGCAACAGGUCAAUCAAUUCCAAGGUUCACCCCAGGAUAUAGUGGCUGUGAGAAACCAAGUAGCACUCCAGAGCAUGAAAACAUCCCGAAUGAUGGCCCAGAACGCGAGCAUGAUGGCCAUGGGUCCCUCGCAGACCCCAAGCACGCUGCCCACCACUGCGGGCCAGUCGGAUAUGGGUAUGACUCCUUACAGCAAUGCCUCUUCCGGCCAGCUAGGAAUGUACAGCAUGAGCACAGGGAUGAGCCAAAUGUUGCAGCACCCAAACCAAAGUGGCAUGAACAUGGCACACAACGCAGGCCAGGGAACGAGGCAGCCUGCCUCUGGACAAGCGGUGGGAAUAGUUGGCAAUUUUGGUCAGACCAUGCUGGUAAACUCUGCUCUUCCCCAGCAUCAGCAGCAGAUGAAAGGACCUGUGGGCCAGGUCUUGCCAAGACCACAAGGACCACGACUCAUGGGGACUGUCCCUCGAGCACAAAACUGGCAGCAGCGAGGCUUGCAAGGCAUACCUGGAAGAACUAGUGGUGAAAUGGGGCCCUUCAACAAUGGUACCACAUAUGCAAUGCCGUCUGGGCAGCCACAACUGUCCAAGCAGCACUUCCCACAGGGGCUCAAUCAGACAGUUGUGGACACAAGUGGGACAGUGAGAGCCCUGAAUCCAGCACUGGGGAGACAGUUACUGCAACCACUACCUGGGCAACAGGCAGCCAGCCAGGCCAGGCCGGUGGUGAUGCCAGCAAUAAGCCAAGGGGUCCCUGCCAUGUCUGGCUUCAGUCAGCCCCCAACACAGCAAAUGCCAGGUGGUACCUUUGCUCAGAGCAGCCAAGGUCAGGCCUAUGAGAGGAAUCCCACUCAGGACGUAUCUUAUAACUACAGUAAUGGAGGAGCAGGGACGUCAUUCUCCGGUUUGGCAGAGGGCACAGACUUAGUAGACUCCAUUAUUAAGAGUAGACCAGGGGACGAGUGGAUUCAAGAACUUGAUGAGUUGUUUGGAAACCCCCGGUGAAUGGGAUUGUAUAGUCUGGAACUUUGGUUACGUUUUGUUACAUUUGAACAAGCAAAGAGGGAGUCAGAUGUUCUCCCCAUACCUGGAUUGUUGGGUUUUGUUUGUGUUGGUUUUGGGUUAUUUUGUUUCCUUUUGUUUAUAAUUGUGCAAACCAAGCUGAUCUGUAGCCAACUUUGGAAGAUUCAGGGAACCAUGAAACAUCAGCAUCCCAAAACUGUCACCAAGUAAUCUUUGUCGCAUGGCAGCGCCCACUCUAUGUGUGUGUGAGGCAGAAUGGGGAAACUGUAAAAGCCAGCUCUUGCAUCUGGCUGGGAAAAUUUGUUCUCUCCCCACUUAAAAAAAGGCUUCAUUACACAGUGGUGUGGGGUGUGCCCAAUAUCUCCCACCUUACAUGACUGUGCACAUUGCAGCUUCCAGGGAAGCAGAUGGAAGAGCUGGGAGCAAAGCCUACAGAUAUCCAAGGGCAGUUGCACAGGCCCUGGUCAGAAAAGGGCUUAACCCCGGGGGCAAGCAGGUCUCAGAGAGCCAUGGCCAGGCUGAUGGGGCUGGCUAUGGACUGUCCUAAGUGAAUGCACAACACUCACAUGACAAACCUAACCAAUCACAGGGAGGUCACUGUUUUCACUGCAGAGUGAUAAACCCCACUACAAGCAUAGAACAUAAAUUUGGCAGUGUUGUGAAGGCAGAUUAUGUGACUGCUGCUGGAUACAGCCUAGUGAUGGGUUAACUUAAUGAACUGAAUAGUCCCCUUGGGACUUGAAAUACUGCUUCCCAAGUCAGAGCACUUGGUAUGGUCCAGCUGCCUGGGGUGUUGAAGGACUGAGGGGUACCAAGAGACAUUAGCAGAGCUCCUCAGCUGGUCCCUCCCUCUCCUUCCUCCUCAGGAUGUUCUCAGUUUACUCCCUUCCCUCCUGUUCUUCCAGUGUAAAGCAAGCUGAGCUGGCUGCACUUUUUUUUCAGGCAAGCCACAAAGGGCCGGGCAGGAG